GUGGUGAAUUUAUCGUAAACAUUUAUUGGUGUUUAUUUAUCAAUCAAAUUGACUGAAUCAAUUUAAUCUUAUUAAAAUGAUGAUCCGGUGAUUAUAAAAAUCCACUUUAAUCCAAUUAAAUUUAAAUCUAUUCUUUUCUAAUUGUCAUCUUUCAUAGUCAAUCUGUGUCAAUACUCUUAAAGGUGAAGAUUCUCUCUCUCUCUUCUCCUUCAGACUUUCCCAUCUUCAGGCGUUUUCAUCGUAAUUGUUUGGUGAUAAUAUUUAAUUUUUUUAGUCAAUUUUAGUGUUUACCUUGGUCAAGUGUCCUGUCAUCAUGAGUUACGGUCCUCUCAAUAAAGCUUUGGUUCAUAUUACUCCUUAUCAUAUUUGGUGGAAACGUUACUUAAUUGAGCUUAAAUUAAUCCCCGAUGAACCGGUUGAAGAAGAAACUAAAUCAGAGGAAUUAUUUUUUGAAACUGAUGAGGAUUAUUUAAAAAGCUUGGAUCCUAGAAGAUGGAAAGAACAAGAUCAUUACAGAGUUCUCGGUCUUGGCAGCAGGAGAAAUGCGGCUUCUGAUGAUGAAAUUAAACAAGCUUAUAGGAGAUUGGUUUUGACUCAUCAUCCAGAUAAACGAGGUGUUAAAAAUAAAGAUGAUGAGACCGAUUAUUUUUCAUGUAUAACCAAAGCUUUUCAGAUUCUAGGAGAUCCAAUUAAAAGAAAAUCUUAUGACAGUGUUGAUGAACACUUCGACGAUACUGUUCCAUCAGUUAAUUCUAAUUCUAAAGAAAAUUUCUAUGGUGUAUUUGCUCCCGUUUUUGCUCGUAACUCCAGAUGGUCGAAUUCCAGAUAUGUACCUCAGCUAGGAAAUGAAUUUUGCUCUAAGGAUUAUGUUGAAAAUUUUUAUCACUUUUGGUACAAUUUCGACUCGUGGCGGGAAUAUUCAUACUUAGAUGAAGAGGAUAAAGAGCGUGGACAAGAUAGAAGCGAAAGAAAAUGGAUUGAAAGACAGAAUAAAAUGGAAAGGCAAAAGAAAAAGAAAGAAGAACUCGCUCGAAUUAGGAAACUCGUCGAUAAUGCUUAUGCAUGUGACCCGAGAAUUAUUAAAUUCAAGGAAGAAGUCAAGAAUAAGAAGUUGAUGGAAAAAAAAGCCAAGGAAGAAGCUCGAAAAAUGAAACAAGAGGAAGAGGAAAGACGUAAACGAGAACAAGAAGAAGCUAUUGCUCGAAAGAAAAAAGAAGAAGAAGAUGCCUUGAAAGCGAAGAAAGAACAAGAGAAAAAGGAGAAAAUAGCAGCUCAGAAGAGAAGAAAGAAGGAUGUCAAACAAAUCGAAUCAAUUUUUGACGAAUUUAAUUAUUUCGCUUGUGAUGAUAAUCAGAGGCUUAGUUAUAUACAAGAACUUAACAAAAUUUGUAUAACUUUUAGCAAUAUCGAACUAAGUGAAUUCAAAGACAACCUGAUAAAAGGAACAUCUCAAGAUGAAAAGAAGGACGUGUUUUUAUCCAAAAUCAGUAAAGUGAAAGACAACGAAAGAGGAUCUGUUUCAAUUGAAUCAAAAUCAUCCGAAAACAAUGACAUUAGGGAAAGUACAUCGACGAAAACUUGGUCACCCGAAGAUGUUCAAAUUUUAAUCAAAGCCGUUAAUCUGUUUCCGGCUGGAACAUUAAAUAGAUGGGAAGUAGUCGCUGCUUUUGUCAACCAACAUUCAACUCAUAACAAACAUCGAAAAGCAAGAGAAGUGCUAACACAAGCCAAGGACAUUAAUAAAAUAGAUGCUAAUCUGAAGCAAGAAUUGAAUAGGAUAUCUGUUAAUAAGCUACUAGAAAACAAUAAGACAACAGUUAAAGAAGAGGAAACAUCACAACGUUACGAAGCUGCACCAACAGAGCCUUCGACUCCCGAUGCUACUGUUUCCAAAUCGGUUACAGAAACUAACUCUUCUGCUCCAGCGACGGAAGAAAUAGAAAAUUCAGAGCCAGAACCAUGGACGAGCGUUGAACAACAGUUACUAGAACAAGCCUUGAAAUCUUAUCCAGCGUCGACUCCCGAGCGUUGGGACAGAAUCGCCGAAUGCAUUCCUGGUCGAACCAAAAAAGAUUGUAUAAAACGUUAUAAAGAAUUGGUUGAAUUAGUGAAGGCCAAAAAAGCAGCUAAAGACGCAGUUCAUGCGAGUGUUAAAAAGUAAACUGCUCAUGUAUUUUUCCUCGCGGUUGUUUUCAUAUUUACUUUUUGAAACAUCUAAUCAAUUACCAAGAGCGUUUUCGAUUCUUUGGUCUGAUGCCAAAAUAAAUCGUUUUUCGUGAACAAUCUAUGGAUCUAAUAUGUGCUUUUAUUCAACAAUAAAAUGAAACAAAAAUUCACUAAAAAA